CGCGCGGCGAUUGGCGGGCGCGGCGGAAGGGGCGGGGCGUGCCGGCGGCCAUGGCGGCGCGGCGUGGCGCGCUGAUCGCGCUGGAGGGCGUGGAUCGCGCCGGCAAGAGCACGCAGGGCCGGCGGCUCGUGGAGGCCCUCCGGGAGGCCGGGCACCGCGCCGACCUCCUCCGCUUCCCCGACAGGACGACAGAGAUCGGGCAGCUGAUCAGCUCCUACCUGGGCAGGGAGAAGAACCUGGAGGACCACACCAUCCACCUGCUCUUCUCUGCCAACCGCUGGGAGCACGUCCCCAUGAUGAAGGAGAAGCUGCAGCAGGGGAUCACGGUGGUGCUUGACAGAUAUGCCUUCUCUGGAGUGGCCUUCACGAGUGCCAAAGGGAACUUUGGCCUGGACUGGUGCAAACAGCCUGAUGUUGGCCUCCCAAAGCCAGACCUGAUCCUGUUCCUCCAGUUAAACCCAGAAGCAGCAGCAGAACGAGGCAACUUUGGGCAGGAACGUUAUGAGACCAGCUCCUUCCAAGAGAAAGUUCUUCAGUCCUUCUAUUGCCUCAUGGAGGACAAGUCCCUAAACUGGAAGUCUCUGUUUUCUGUCCUGUGUUUUUGUUGUCUUGGAAACAGACAGUGGAUGCUUCAAAGAGCAUUGAAGACUUGCACAGAGAAAUCAAGGCCAUUGCAAAGGAAACUAUGCUGGAGGUUCAGAAUAAACCUUUGGGAGAACUCUGGAAAUGAGACUUCAUACAGGUCAAAAAGAAUAAGGUCAAAAUGCAAAGGUCACUUCUUGGAUCUUCUGCCCUUGGAUGACUGUGACAUGGCAGCAGCUACAGCUUAGAUCCUGUGUGUUCUUUUGGGUCCAACAUGCUGCUGAUGUCCUUAUCAUUACCUGCUCCUCCCUUCCAGCCUGCACAGUCCCUUCUGCAUUUUUUAAAUGAGUAUGCCAUGAGUGUGUAUCAAAUUCCUCAUCAAACCUCCCUCUCCCAAGCUCCUGUUCAGCUCCAGUCCUGGAGUGCAGAUGUGGGUGUGGAGCCCAGGGCCAUCCCUGGACACAGACUGUUCCCAUUUUUAGGGAAUUGCCACGUUUCUGAUCAUUCAUCCUCUCUAGAAAAUGCAUCCCCCCAUGCUCAAACCAGUUUAUAGAGGAUUUGCUAAUAAAUUACUCUUUUAAGCA